AUGUCGCUCCCUACCGAAGGCCUCGUCUCUGUCGCCUCCAAUGUGCAGUACCAGGCUAUCGGCACGGGCUCCACCGCUGCCAAGGGCAAGACCGUGUUGAUCGACAACUACGACAGCUUCACCUACAACGUCGUCCAGUUCCUCGCCGAGGCCGGUGCGGAUCUCGUCGUCUACCGUAACGACAAGGUCACCAUCGAGGAAAUCGAAGCACUCCACCCCGCCAACAUCGUCAUUAGCCCCGGACCCGGUCACCCCCUCCACGACUCGGGCAUCUCGAUCCCUUGCAUCAAGCACUUUGCCGGCAAGAUCCCCAUCCUCGGCGUCUGCAUGGGUCUUCAGUCGAUCUACUCGGCCUACACGGGUAUCGUCGAGUUCGCCGGCGAAAUCGUUCACGGCAAGACGUCCGAGAUUGCGCACGACGGCAAGGGCCUUUACGCUGGCCUUCCCGCUCACGGUGUCGUAGGCACAAGAUAUCACAGUCUUGCCGCUCAGCUGCCAAGCUUGCCCAAAGAACUCGUCGUCACCUCCAAGACCGCCAGCGGUGUCGUCAUGGGCAUCCGUCACACUCGCUACACCAUCGAAGCCGUUCAGUAUCACCCAGAAAGCAUCCUCAGCAAGGGCGGCCGCGAGAUGAUGGUCAACUUCCUCAGCUGGACCGGCGGCACCUGGGAUGCCAACCCACAGGCCAAGGUCGACGCCGCCGCCAUCGAGCGCGCAGAAAGCACCACCGAGCCGGUGCUCGCUAUGGCUGCUCCCAGUACCGAAAACGCCGCUCCCAACGGAACCGCCAUCGCUCACUCUACGCCUGCCGCGCCUGCCGCUGCUGCCACCGGCAGCGUUGGGACCAUUCUCGAGAGGAUCCACGUGCAGCGCCUCAAGGACAUCGCCGCCUCCAAGGCCAUCCUCGGCUUCUCGCAGCGCGAUCUCGAUAUUGCGCUCUCGCUCCACCUCGCUCCUCCUCUCAUCAACUUCCCCGAGAGGCUGCAGCGUCACGCGUCUCGCGGUCUGCCCGGCGUCAUGGCCGAGAUGAAGCGUGCCAGUCCUAGCAAGGGCGACAUUGACCCUACCGCCCAUGCCGGCGCUCAAGCGCUCGCAUAUGCACGAGGCGGUGCUAGCGUCAUCAGCGUGCUCACCGAGCCCAAGUGGUUCAAGGGCACCCUGCACGACCUGUCCCUCGCCAGAAAAGCCGUCGACAACAUGCCCGACCGCCCUGCCAUCCUGAGGAAAGACUUUAUCGUUGAUACCUAUCAGAUCGCCGAGGCGCGCCUCGCCGGUGCCGACACGGUUCUGCUCAUCGUCGCCAUGCUCACCGACGACCACCUCAAGCAGCUCUACGACUACAGUCUCAGUCUCGGCAUGGAACCGCUCGUCGAGGUCAACAACCCGGAGGAAAUGACGCGCGCCAUCCGACUCGGUGCCAAGGUGGUCGGCGUCAACAACCGCAACCUGCAUGACUUUAAUGUGGACAUGGAGACGACGUCACGCCUAGCCGAUGCGGCCAACAAGGGCGGUGUCAUCUUGUGCGCGCUCAGCGGCAUCAGUGGUCGCAGCGACGUGGCCAAGUAUCUCCAGGAGGGCGUUGGUGCCGUGUUGGUCGGCGAAGCGCUGAUGCGUGCCAAGGACAAGCGUGCUUUCAUUCACGAUUUGAUCGGUCUUCCGUCGAGCAGCUCGGCCGCCGAGACCGUCCCCGGGUCUGUCGUGGGUCACGGUACGCUGGUCAAGAUCUGCGGCCUGUCCACCGUCGAAGCGGCAGUCACGGCUGCCGAAGCGGGCGCCGACAUGCUCGGUAUGAUCCUCGCCCCUGGUACCAAGCGCACCGUCACACUCGAUCAAGCGGGCGAGAUCAUCAAAGCCGUCCGAUCGCUCCCCACCUCUACCACCACUGCGCUCGACCCGCUGGCCAUCGCGGGGUCGAUCGAAGCAGGCGUGACACCCGAGGACUGGUUCUCGCUGACGGCCAAGAAGCUUCGCUCCCGAGCGGGACGUCGACCUUUGCUGGUGGGCGUGUUCCGCGAACAACCGCUUGCCGAGGUCGCCGCCACUGCGGAGCGACUCGAUCUCGACGUCGUCCAGCUGCACGGGCGCAGCGAGGGUAUCGAAUGGGCCAAGUUCCUCCCCGGUCGACUGGUCAUUCGCGUCUUCUCUGUGGGACCGGAUGCGAAGCUCAACGCAGGGUUGCUGCGAGAGAUCAGCCGGCCCGGGUAUCACCACAUUGCAGCGCUCGACACGGCUGCUGCGAGCGGCGAUGGUGGGAGCGGUCAGACGUUUGACUGGAGCUUUGCCAAGGAGGCGCGCGAGGCGGAUCCCUUGCCGGGUGUAGUGGGCGGGUCGGAGAUGAGGCCUAUGCCUGUGUUGCUGGCUGGUGGGUUGACGGCGCAGAACGUGGCCGAGGCGAUUGGGACCGCACAGCCGUUUGGUGUGGAUACCAGCUCAGGUGUCGAGACCGACGGCAGGAAGGAUUCGGACAAGAUCAGGGCGUUUGUCAAGGCUGCGAGGGCGGCCAGCGUCUGA